CGGCGGGGGCUGGUGGUGGCCCGCGGCCCGGAGCAGGAGCCAACAUGGCGGCGGAGCGCAAGACGAAGUUGUCCAAGAACCUGCUGCGCAUGAAGAGACUACAUUGGUGAAAGAUAAGACCUGACAAGGGACAAAAUUGCAGUCGGAAAGACCAGACAAGAAGCUCUGAUGAUCUGGUUGCAAUGGCGGCGGGAAUGGAGAGAAUUAUAACAGUUGAGUUCAUGCAAAGGGGACUGGACUCAGAGACCAAGAGACAACUAGAAGAGGAAGAAAAGAAAAUCAUUAGUGAAGAGCACUGGUACUUGGAUUUGCCAGAGCUUAAAGAAAAGGAGUGUUUCAUAAUAGAAGAGCAGAGCUUCUUGUUAUGUGAAGACCUUCUCUAUGGAAGAAUGUCAUUCAGAGGAUUUAAUCCUGAGGUUGAGAAAUUAAUGCUUCAGAUGAACUCCAAGAACAAAACAGAGGAAGUUGAAGGUGAAACAGUGGAGCUCGAUGUAUCAGAUGAAGAAAUGGCUAGAAGAUAUGAGACCUUGGUGGGGACAAUUGGAAAAAAGUUUGCCAAAAAAAGAGACCGGGUCAACUAUGAAGAAGAUGAAAAUGGACACGUAAAACCAACAGUUAAAGUAAAGAAGAUGUUCUUAAAGCCCCAGGAUUGAAGUGGAUGCUUUAAGACAGAGCUCAGGGGUGCCUCAUGAGGGUUAGUGUAUUGUGGAACUCAUUCUGAUGGCUUCUCUGUAGUUAUUCAAACUGUGAUGUUUACGUGUAAAGAGGUGGAUAAUUUUGGAAACAUUCCAUUUUUGAAAGAGAUACGUGGUGGAUGUUAUACAUCCUUUGUUUCAUGGUGUUCAUCAGGAAUGGAUUUUUAGCCUUCGAGUUUCAAAUGUACAUAGGGAUGUGGCUGCUUCCUAAAGACUUUUUGACUUAAGAUUUUUUUUUUAAUGGAGCUCUAGUCACUGACCUUGAAUUGGCACAUAUAAAUUAAACCAGUGUUUAAGUUGCCCUUAUGUUUCUAUUUUACUUUAAAUUAUGAAUCAUGCCAAGCCAAUGUAUACAUACAUUCUGGAAUCAAACAUAAUGAGGGUUUAUUGUAUAUAGAUUCAUCAAGAGCAAACAUGCCUCUCCAGCCUACAGUACUUGCAUGCUACCAAGUCAUUGUUGGUUUGUGGAAUUAUUGGUUUUUGUUUAAAGCUUUUACUUAAUAAAAAAAAAUUAUUCUCUAAUAAAUUAAGUUUUCAUAUA